AACCUCUCCGUGUGCCCUGAGGAGGAGUCCAUCAUCCUGUCAUCCUUCGUCAGCUCCCUCUCAGCUCUCUCGGUCAAGGAAGUUGAUGACAAGGAACAGUUUGAUUUCACACCGCUCCGCCUGGACUGGUUCCGGCUGCAGGCCUACACCAGUGUGGCCAAGGCCUCGCUGCCGCUGGGCUCCAACCCUGACGUGGGUCGUGUCAUGAACCUCAUCGUCUUCCACACCAAACUGCUUGACUCCUUGGAGGAGCUGCUGGCUGAGGCCUCCGAUCUCUCCGAUCUGUGUUUCUACCCUCGCCCCAUGGAGAAGAUGUUUGUGGCGACGAUGGAGGAGCCCUCGAUGCUGCGCUACAGCAUCGCCUUCCCUCUGCUCUGCAGCCACUUCUCCCGCUGCGUCCACCCCAUGUGCCCAGAGGAGUAUCCCCACCUGAAGGCCAUAGCGCUGGGGAUGUGCAACAAGUUCCUGGAGGAGAUAGCCCGGCAGGCCAGCGCCUGCGUCAUGGACGCCUGUGCCGAGCAGCACAAUCUCAGCGAGCAGCUGCUGCCCAAGCACUGCGCCUCCACCGUCAGCAAAGCCCGCAACAAGAAGACCCUGAAGCAGCCGACCAAGAAGGGGGAGCCCGAGAGGGACAAGCCGGGAACCGAGAGCCAGAGGAAGGACCGGACCCUGACCACCAACAUGGACAAACUGCACCUUACGCUGGCCGAGCUGUCUCUGAGCCUCAACCACGUGCCCAACUUUACUGUCUUCGAGCACACGGUGACGCCGGCCGAGUACCUCAGCAGCCACCUGGAGACACGCUUCACCAA